CCCGUUCCCGUGCAGGACGUUCCCAUGUGCGUGGGGAAGUGCAGCCGGAUCGUGGGGCCGUCCCUGCUGGUGCUGGGCUCGCUGUCGGUGGCGGCCGGAAUUCUGCUGCUGUUCCCCGGCGGAGCAUCCCGGUACCUGCGGGAGGGGCGCAUCGGCCGCCACGCCAAAGCCGUGCCGGGCGUCUGGGGCGGCGGCAUCGCCGUGCUGCUGGCGGCCGCCCAUGUCACGGCGCUGGGGUGGCGGAGCUCCGGCUGCGGCAGCCGCCACCACGCGUUCAUCUCGGUGGUGCUCUCCAAGCUGGCGCUCCUGGGCGCUGCCUCCUGCUUCGUCCUGUCCGGGGUGGGUUUGACCAAUGGUCCCCUCUGCUUCUACAACACCAGCGAGCUCGGCCUGGGCCACGGGGCCCUCUGGGGUUACCCCUUCCUGGAUGCCAUCGACCAGGGCCCCGAUGCCAGGGUUGAGAAUUACCUGUACAACCAGAGAGCCUGGAGCAUCUGCCUGGAGCCCGAGGGCAUCGUCACCUGGCACGUCUCCCUCUUCGCMCUGCUGCUGCUCAUCAGCGUGGCCGAGAUGCUGCUGGCCCUGCUGCAGAUCGUCAAUGGCUGCCUCGGCUGCCUCUGCGGCUUCUGCGAGGGCAAGUAGGGCUCGGSAUGGUGCCCGGAGGCUGCGGCUCGGAGGAGGCACCACCCCAGGUGUCACUUGGCUGCUGGCAUCAGCCACGGAGGGGCACAGCGGGGACUGUGACAUCUGCCAGCUGCAGGAGCCCCAGGGGUGAUGGACAGAGUCCCCGGGGGAUGGACAGAGUCCCCGUGGGGAUGGACAGAGUCCCCAGGGGAUGGACAGAGUCCC